UAAUCUCACUCAUAGCGCACCACCUCUGUCACUCUAGUGUCAAGCCAAACCCAUUCCAUCUUAAAGUCUCUGCCAUGACCUAAUCCACUCACCUCUGGGCAAUUCCACGCACACUCCUCCACAAAGCGUGUUCAUUAUCUCUUCUUUCAUCGUUCACGCUUCUCUUUUCCGUAAUGGAUGGGUUAGGUGCCGCAGCUCCGAACGUCGAGGAUCACAAACAACUUGAACACGCUUCAAAAGAGGGUGAAGUAUUUGAUGCAUCGCAAUAUGCAUUCUUUGGUAAAGAUGUUGCUGAGGAAGUUAACUUGGCGGGGUUAGAAGAUGAAGAUGACUAUAAGGCUAUGCUUGCCGUCGAGUUCAAUGAGGAAGAUUUCUGUCUCACUAAAGAAGAGGUUAUUUUUCAGUCUUAUGCCAUUUCUUCUAAAUUUCAAAAUUUUUUGUGGCUACUAUGUGUAAACGUAUAAGCAUUUCAAUCUUAUACAUGUGGUUCAA